AUGCUAAAGCGGUUGAAUUUCUUAUUAAGAAAAUAUGCAGACUCGGAAAAACUCAUAAUAACACUCAUGGACAAACUUGACAACAGCCAGCUUCGUUCCACCACUGUGUACGAUCAACGGAAACUAUUCGAACAUUUGCACUUAACACUAACACAGUUAAAAGUAAAAGGUGAAAAUGUCGACAAUCAAUGUAUGUUUAAGAAAGUAUUGUCUAAAUUCUCUAACAACAUACAGCGCAAAGUCAUCGAAAAGAAACUUGACGUCGUGACGAACAAAGAUAAACCCUUCCACAUGGACCAACUCCUCCAAUUUAUUGAGGAAGUUAUACACAAGGAGGAAAAAGUAUGGCAGUACACGUCAAAGUACCAACCAAUGUCAGGUACUAUCAAUAAACAAGAGCAUACAAGCAGAUCGUGGAUCCCCGACAAAAAGUACUGCUGCAUGUACUGUAGGGCCGAUCACAAAUCGUUCAACUGCGACAUGUACAAGACACCAUGUGACCACUCACAAUACCUCCGAACUAACAAAUUGUGCGCAAUUUGCGCAUUCCCAUACUCAACUAAUUGUAAGAAGUUGUCUUGUUUCAAAUGCCAGAGACGGCACUAUACUUCAUUUUGCUUUCAGUCAACGUCAAAAGAAACAAGCUUUCAGGAUGGUUCUAAAAACGAACCAAACAGAAACGAGGUCUUUAAAGACAGGAAAUAUAGCAAUAAGAACAUCGAGACGUACCAGCCGAGGUCCAAAAUCAACUACGUCAAUCAACAGCAAGAACACUCUGCACCACAGGAGACUAUCGUCGUAGAAGUUCAGUACGAAAAUCCGCAUCUCCGAAGUCAGCAAACCACCAUAUUACCCACCGGAGAAAUUACAGUGGUGAACACAACUACAGGAACACUUGAAAAAGUGCCAGUUUUGCUGGAUACGGGAGCUGAACUCUCUUUCAUCGACGCAUCAUUCGCUGCAGAAAUAGGUCUUCCUAUCAUAGAACAAACUACACUACGCCUGCGUACAUUCGGAUCCGAGGAAGCACGAGAAAAACUGUUAAAUAAAGUGUCGCUCAAAGCAUGGGACCCAGAUGGUCAUCCGUUCUCUAUGCAUUUGUUCACGCACGAUAGGUUUGACUUCAGUAGCACAGCGACGAUGGCUUAUCCGAAGGAGGCGUAA